GGUCAGCAGGAAGUCGAUACGUGGCCGCCGCCUGUCCCCGCCGAGGAGGCGCUGCGAGCGGAGAUGGCGGCGCCGCUGAACGUAGAGCAACUCGAAGUGUCGCUCGACGGCCUCACGCUGAGCCCGGACUCGGAGGAGCGGCCCGGCGCGGAGGGCGCUCCGCUGCCGCCGCCGCCGCCGCCGUCCUCGCCCCCCGCGGCCGGCCGGGGCUCAGACGCCGCGGGGCAGCCGCCGGAGCCCGGGGAGGCGGCGGCCGAGGGCGCGGCCGAGGAGGCGCGGCGCAUGGAGCAGCACUGGGGCUUCGGCCUGGAGGAGCUGUACGGCCUGGCGCUGCGCUUCUUCAAAAUAAAAGAUGGCAAAGCUUUUCAUCCAACUUACGAAGAGAAACUGAAGUUUGUGGCACUGCAUAAGCAGGUUCUCCUGGGCCCGUAUAACCCAGACACUUCCCCUGAGGUUGGAUUCUUCGAUGUGUUGGGGAAUGAUAGGAGGAGAGAAUGGGCAGCCCUGGGAAACAUGUCCAAAGAGGAUGCCAUGGUAGAGUUUGUGAAGCUUCUAAAUAGGUGUUGUCCUCUUCUUUCAGCAUAUGUUGCUUCCCACAGAAUAGAAAAGGAAGAAGAAGAAAAAAGAAGAAAGGCGGAGGAGGAGCGAAGGCAGCGGGAAGAGGAAGAGCGGGAGCGUCUGCAGAAGGAAGAAGAGAACCGGAAGCGGGAAGAGGAGGAGAGGCUUAGACGGGAGGAAGAGGAGAGGAGGCGGAUAGAGGAGGAGAGACUUCGGCUGGAGCAGCAGAAGCAGCAGAUAAUGGCAGCUUUAAACUCGCAGACUGCCGUGCAAUUCCAGCAGUACGCAGCCCAGCAGUAUCCAGGGAACUACGAACAGCAGCAGAUUCUCAUCCGCCAGCUGCAGGAGCAGCACUAUCAGCAGUACAUGCAACAGUUGUAUCAAGUUCAGCUUGCACAGCAACAGGCAGCAUUACAGAAGCAGCAGGAAGUGGUAGUGGCCGGGGCUUCCUUGCCUACAUCAUCAAAGGUGAAUGCAGCUGGAGCGAGUGACAUGGUGUCAGUUAAUGGGCAGGCCAAAACCCACACUGUCAGUUCUGAAAAGGAAAGUGAGCCAGAAGUGGCAGAAGAAGCCUUGGAAAAUGGACCAAAAGAAUCUCUUCCAGUGAUUGCAGCUCCAUCCAUGUGGACAAGACCACAGAUCAAAGACUUUAAAGAGAAGAUUCGGCAGGAUGCAGAUUCUGUGAUUACAGUACGCCGAGGAGAAGUAGUCACCGUUCGAGUCCCCACUCAUGAAGAAGGCUCAUACCUCUUUUGGGAAUUUGCGACAGACAGUUAUGACAUUGGGUUUGGGGUUUACUUUGAAUGGACAGACUCUCCCAACGCCGCUGUCAGCGUGCAUGUCAGUGAGUCCAGUGACGAGGAGGAGGAGGAGGAAGAAAAUGUCACUUCUGAAGAGAAAGCCAAAAAGAAUGCCAACAAGCCUCUGCUGGAUGAGAUUGUGCCAGUGUACCGGCGGGACUGCCAUGAGGAAGUGUAUGCGGGCAGCCACCAGUAUCCAGGGAGGGGAGUCUACCUCCUCAAGUUUGACAACUCCUACUCUUUGUGGAGGUCCAAGUCAGUCUACUACAGAGUCUAUUACACUAGAUAAAGCCCAUGUCACAGAGCCUGGAGUCCAAGGUUGGGCAGAAGAUGACAUUUAAUUUCUUUUGACUUUUGUGGCGCAUUGGAGUCAGUGUUUACCUUCUUGAUUUUGUUCUGAUGGUUUAUGAACUCUUGCUGGGAACCAGGAUUUCCUGAGACUCUUAGCAUUGAUGCUCUGAGGUUAAAAGCAAUUCUGAAGACUCAUCUAGCCCUUGGGUGCUGACCAGCAGAGCCACUAGUGGAUACUGGAGUUACGUGAGCUACAUGUUAAAUAUUCAGUCUCCAAAAUAAACGUCCCAGCGUUGACCCGA